ACGCACAGAGGCCGCACUUGAGAGUGAGCCAUCUCUUUCCUUAAUUUAUUUCAACCCAAUCUCUGCGUAUAUUUGAGUCUUCGCGAUCGAGAUCGGACGGUGCAGAAUGAAAGGGGCUUUUGAUGCUUGUUUCUUGAGGUUUUAGUCCCGGAGCUUCUCAGAUCUGCUUGGGUUCGCGUUCAGUUCUCCUCACCAGAUUCCCAGGUUUCUCAGUUACGAGACAUCUGGGCCGUACACAUGGAAUCUAACAAGGAGGGUCCCGUUCGGAUAACGUUCAACCAUGGAUCACUAACGUGCGCCGGGGAGACACUAGCCAGUUUGCUAACCUCUAUCCUGCUCACAACUCAGCUCUCAGUUCUAGAUUUGUUUGGAUUAUUAAUGACUCAAAAACCUCAAUGCCAAGGGGAUCACAAAGAAAGUCAAUUGGAGCCAGUUGAUGCUGAGGGAGAUGGAGAUGAAGAUGAAGACGAUGAGGAUGGGGAAGGUGGCUUUGGAGAAGGUGAGGAGGAGCUGUCCUCAGAAGAUGGAGAAGGGGGUUAUGGCAACAACCCCAACAGCAACAAUGGUAACUCUAAGAAGGGAACUGAAGGAGGAGCCGCUGGAGCAGGUGAAGAGAAUGGAGAAGACGAAGAUGAUGAAGAGGAAGAAGAUGGUGAUGAUCAUGAUGGUCACGAUGACGACGACGAUGAGGAUGAUGAUGGUGGAGAUGAGGAUGAGGAGGAAGCGGUAGAGGAAGAGGAGGAGCCAGAGAAUGAUCAGGAGGAGGAAGAUGAAGAUGAGGAAGCCCUCCAACCCCCAAAGAAGAGGAAGAAGUGAACAAUGAAACUAUAGUUACAUUGUAGCCUCUUCUGGUACCGACUCUGUGACUUUUACUCUCUAAUCUCUACCUUGACAUCUAUUUUAGCUUUAAUGGGGAAGGCCUGUAAGGCCAUGUUUAGUGUUGGUUUAUUUUUAGGUAAUAUUUUUUUCAAUGCAUGUUUCUAAGUGAGUUCAUUCGGAACUUGAGACAAGGCAAUGAGCCCAUUGAGCAUGUGUGACAUUUUUCUUUGGC